UUACAGAUAUGAAUAUUAAACGUGUAAUAUCUUAUGCGAGAUUUAAAAAAAAACGUAUUUAAAAGCUAAGAAUUUAAAAUUCUGAAUGGAAGGUUGUUUGUUCAGCUUUCAACUAUCCGUAACUGGAACAAGAGUGUCCUUAGAGUCGGCUUACUAAUUACUAUGCCAACUUUCUGAAAGUCAGUCGAGUAGUCCAACUGGUGCACUCAUUGCUAUCGACACCCCUCAUGAGGAGUGGAUAAGUCCUACCGUGUUUGGACCAUUAUGUGAGUGGAUGUACUCCGGAACGAGCAUGUCACAUGUACGGGAUGUUUACUGCUCCGCUUGAUAUCCAUGUGACUACCACCAUCUCAUCUUCUGUUGACAGAUCGGAAGACAUAUAAAUGGUGUAAAGGAGAACAAAUAAAAAAAAAAUGGUGCAGUCCGGAGAAGAUCGGGUGCCUAAAUCGGAUAGCGACCCGACAUCACCUUAUCAUCACCAUCGACAUUACCAUCAUCACGUUUAUCAUCAUGCCGCCGGCAGAACCAGCAAAAUUCCAAUUCCGGUAUCUCCCACCACCAGGAUGACUUAUAAUAGGCCAAAUGCCACUCCGACUCUUUAUCUAGGAUACAGAAUGCCUAGACCUAGUAAAGUGGUUGGAUCUGGAUUAUCUACAGCAUCUCCUCCUCCUACGUCAGUACCUUAUCCUUUAGCACAACAGGCGCAACAAUAUUUAGAACAGAAUAUUAAAACUUGGAUGCAGCCAGCAGGAAAUCAGACGUUCUCCACCUAUAGCUUGAGUCCUAUUCGAGAACUACCAAGGUAUUCCUAUGGCCAUAUGUCCAACCCGACGAUGACCAUGACGGGCAUUACUCAGAAAGUGCUACAAGAACACAAUUUGGCCCAGAUGUAUCAAGCAGUUCAGGGUUUACCUCAUCAAGAAAUUCCCACCACGGCUACUUAUCUGCACGGCGUGUCUUCGAGAAAUCCCUUCCCUCAUUCAUUAUCAUUCAGUGGCUAUUCUCAUCAUUCUAUGAUUCAAAGUACUUCAUACAGUUCUCCCUGCACCACGGGUUACGCUCUCACGCAACCAUCGGCCGCUGCUUCGUUCUUUGCCAGGGCUGCCCAAAGACUCAACUUGUCUUCGAAGAAGAAAAGGCACGUUCAAGGUAUGGGUGAAGCUCAGUUUCGAACUAGGUUCCAUGAGAUUUUGCGUGUUUCUCCACCACCUGCACCUCCCGUUCUAUUACGUGUCGUGAACAAGAAGGAUACCGGAAUAGGAAAGGUUAAAGUUAUGCUUCGUUUAUGCCCGACUAGUGAAAGUAGCGAUAGUUUCUUAACCAUAGACAGUAGAAAGAAGCAGGUGACAGUCUACGAUCCGUUAAGUUGCGGCACUUCUACUCCUGUCGAGAGAAGAGCCGGAGUUUCUGCACCUAAAAUGUUUGCAUUCGAUGCAGUUUUCUCCCAAGACGAUACGCAGGCGGAGAUGUGCAGCAAUUCUCUGACGGAUGUGGUCCAGUCUGUUGUAAAUGGAAACGAUGGAUGUCUUUUCGUCUAUGGCUAUCCUAAGCUAGGUAAGACGUACACCAUGUUGGGAAGGAGCGAUUCCGUUCAGGAACUGGGAGUGAUUCCUUGCGCAAUAAGUUGGUUAUUUAAGUUAAUUAACGAGCAUAAACAAAAAACAGGAGCCAGAUUUUCGGUUCGUGUUUCUGCAGUGGAAGUUUCGGGAAGACAAGAGACUUUAAGAGAUCUUUUAUCGGAUUAUGUUGCAGGUGGAGAAGGGAAUUGCACUUCGCCAGGGGUGUACUUAAGAGAAGAUCCUAUAUUUGGCUCGCAGUUGAUGAACCAAAGUGAGUUGCGAGCUCCAAAUGCAGAAAAAGCGGCUUAUUUAUUGGAUGCAGCACUCUCCGCCAGAUCCACAGAGUGCGAAGAAGAGAGUAGAAACUCUCAUUUUUUGUUCACUUUGCAUGUGUACCAGUACAGAGUGGAGAAAGGAACAAAAGGAGGAGUGGUGGGAGGUCGAAGUCGUUUGCAUUUAUUGGACUUGGGAAGCUGCGAGAAACAGAGCAAAGGGAGAGAUGCCACUUCCGGAGCUUGUUUGUCUCUUUCUGCUCUUGGAAACGUUAUUUUAGCUUUAUUUAAUGGACAGAAACAUGUGCCUUACAAAGAUAGCAAGUUAACCCAGGUUUUAAGAGAAGUUCUCGGUAGCCUUACUUGCAGAGCGGCUAUGAUAGCCCAUGUGUCUGCAGUACCUCAACAUUAUGCAGAAACUUUGGCUACAAUCCAACUUGCAGCCAGAAUACAUCGAAUGAGAAGGAAAAAGCUCAAAUAUUUUAGUUCGAACACGGCCGAUAUAGAAGAGAGAGGUAUUCGAGUCCACGAAGAAGGUGUUCGUUCCGGUAGUAGCGAUCCAGAUUAUACGUCUAGCAGCGAGCAAUCUUGUGACACUGUUAUAUAUGUGGGUUCUGGUGGGGUUCCACUUAGUGAUCGAGAACUUACGGAUAACGAGGGACCACCCGCAGCUUUACCAAUCCUUCCGAAAACGAAUAAAACCGAUACAACAAUAAACAAACAGAACGAAAAUGCUAAAUUGGCAAAAGAUCGUAUCUUCGGACAAAGUGGAGUAGUUCUUCAAAACCCUCAUAACAUCAGAUUGAAUAAAGAAGAGAAAAAUCGCAGCGUUAAAUCGACUGACGACAAACACGUUCCUUUAGGCGGUGUCAUUAAUAUCGUUCAAAAACCAGCUACCGCUAUUCAGCUGCCGAAAAAGAUCCAUUUGAAACAUCAUCUUUGGACGACGUCCAAGCAAGAGAUUCAGGAAGGAAUCAAAGAGUUAAAAUGCCAAAGCGAUGAAAUGUGGAUCGACGGACCGAGAUUUACUAAACCGAAAUUCGAUACUCGAACGUUACACCAUUUACAAAAAGAACAGUGGGUAGACGGACCGGCCAUAUACGGUUAUAUGGACGACCAGAAACAAGAUAUGAUCCAAAAAUGGAUCGAAGAACAUUCCAGAAAUCCUCAGGAAAACGUACAAGAAGUAUGGGUUGAUUGUCCACCGACUGUCAAUCUCCUCAAUGGAAUUUUGGAAAAAUACGUACCAGAUACGUCCGUAGAACAACAGGAUUCGGUUGCUGUUAACUAUUUAGAUCAAGAGGAUGAGAUUUCUAGCGAAUCCGAAAGCGAAGCCAAUAAGAGAGAAUUUACUAAGCAUUUCGAUUUGCUCAGCGAAGAGAGCUGCGCCGGAAUCUGUAAUUCUCUGCAAAAUAUCAGCGCAAUUCCCGAAGUUCAUGAAAUCCAAAAUAAAAAUGCUUAUGGCGAUGACAACUCCAGCACUUCCGCCGAUGUCGAUGAUUUAGAUAACGACGACGACGACGACGACGACGAAGACGACGACAUUGACGAUAAUCAAUUAGUGGGAGAUCAGGUUCAAUACGAGGAACCCAUUUCUACUCAAGACUGUUGCCUGCAGGUGACAGAAGAUGACAUUUUAGCUUCUCUGUGGACGGUUAAAGAAGAGUUAAUGGGGGAUUUGGAGGUGGAGAGUUCGGACGGAAGCGAUCAUCCGCUGCAUAUAUUAAGUGAGGAAGAUCUUAAUUUAGCCUCUUCGUUUACAGACUCCUGUUCCGUCAGUGUCGAUUUAGAAACGGUUAGUGUUCCCGACGCUAGUCCUGGGGUGACGUGGGCUCUGUUACAAGGUCGACUCUUCCAGAAGACCGAUCAAACCAAUCAAGUGCACAAUCAUCUGUUAGCCGAGAAAUUAAAGGCCUUAGCUGAUUAUCGUGAAUAUCUAGACAUGGACGAGGGACCAUUAUGGACUACAUCCAAUCGGGUCAGUAAAACUUGUAGCCUUCCCGCCCACCUGGCCCAACUGGCAAUGUCUCAACUUCUGAGACAUUACGAUCCAGAUAUGAAUAGCAUAUGUAGCGAACCCGCUCAGUUGGAUGGCAAAAAGUUACCCUGGAGUAUCCAUAGCGGAAAUGGACUCAAGCUAAAUUCGUACUAUAAUAAACUUCAGAGAGUAUCGCUGUCCGUAGACCACGCCUUUCACGCAAAACCUACUCAGAUCGUGCCACCUCUGGUAUGCCUGGCCAGAGAUAAUAUUAAAAAAGAAGAGACGACGACGACGUACGAUGCACAGGAUGCAGCCAUCGGUAAACAAACAUCAAAAAUCAGCACGGUCAGGAAUUUAUCCGAAAGGGAAAACAAACCAAGACAAGAUAUUACGGUUCUCAGGCAACCAGAUGGUUCUUCCGAUCCUCAUCUAAACAAGCAUCAUUCUGCAACCAAUAUAAGUUCCGAAUUAAAGUCCGAAAGUAAAAAAAACGAACAGACUUUCGUCGAAGUGCCGGAAACGCCAAAAUCUAAACCGUCCAAGCUGUCAAAAUUCCUAGGGGUCAAAGGUCGUAAAGAGAAAAGUAGUAAGAAGAGAGCGUAUAGAAAUAACGAAGUGUGCAGAGGAAACUCAUCACCGGCUAGAGGUCAGGGAAGUGACAGUGAUACAAUAACCAGCGGAUAUCCAUCACCUUAUACUAAAUCCUGGGUAUUACGCAACUCCAGCAGUGGACACGGCAGCGAUAGCAGCCUGACAAGUACAGACAUUAGGGAGACCAAAGAAUUACUCGGGAAAUGUGGAAAAGUGCAGCAGUUCUCCGGAACUAGCAGCGGUUACGAAAGUAUGCCUCGAGACAGCGAAGGAACUCCACUUUCUUCUUCCAGUCAGGAGUCUGGAAGGGGGACUGGAAAGAAAGAUGGGAGGAAAACGGCAAAGAAAAAGUCUCAAGAUUCGAAUAAGCGUAAUCGAUCUGGAUCGUCGAGGCAUCUGACAUCAUCCACGGGCAUCAAUCAACAUCCUUGUUUAGUCGAACAACAACCGGGAGAACACGAUGCUCAGCACAAGUUAUGGGAUAAUAGAAAUGUAUGGAAGAACGAGGAAGACUCCUGUUGUGCAGGAUUCCUGUGUUGCAAGUUUCUAGAUUUCUAUUGACCCCGUAUCUCCACGGUUCUGUCCAAAACAAGUGCCAAGUUUUUCCAUUAUAAAACAAAGAUAAAAAAAACGUUAUACAUCUAGAAACUGUAGACAAUCAAGUCGUUUAUUUGUAUCAUCGAAGAUUAUUAUUCUUCGGAUUCCUAUGUAGAAUUUUUUAUGUAAAUAAUUCUCGUCGAAUUUUCUAAUAUUUAUUCCGUUGAUUUUUUUUUUACCAAGACAAAUGUAAAUUGUGAACUUUACUUCGACAAAAUGUGGCCUUCAUUCGAUUCAGCUUUCACAUUCCUGUAUAGAACUGUAUACAACGCGCGAAUAGUUUUAUAAGCAAAUUACCUUUUCCUCAUCAUCCAUUCUUUCCUUUUUAUUAUUAAUCUUCAAUUUAAGAAGAAAACACAAGAGUAAUAAUAAUAAAAUUAAACAUUCGAUUCUUCAUUUAUAGCACAAAUCGCUUCGAUUGUGCAAUAACUAUAACCACCACCAAGAAAAAAAAAAGGGGCAAAUCAAUUUUUAUCUAAAUUUUAUUUUCUCCAUUUGAUGGACUAUUAAAUCCAUUAUUUUAUGGAGGCAACUACAGAUCUUUAUAAACUAAUAAACUCAUUAAUCUUUAA